CUUGGAAUCAACAUUCAUACAAGUUAAGCUCUUCUUGCUUGGUGAUCUCGAUAGCAUAAUCAAGUAUCAGAUCACCUUACAAACAACUUUUUUUUCAUAUUUUCAGGAAUGGCACUAAAUGAUCCUCGCUUCAUUCUUGCCUUUGGUAUUCUUGGUAAUAUCGUGUCCUUCCUCGUAUAUUUGGCUCCAUUGCCAACCUUUUGGAGGAUUGUCAAGAAAAAAUCAACAGAAGGAUUCCAGUCCAUUCCGUAUUCGGUAGCACUGUUUAGUGCCAUGUUAACUCUCUAUUAUGCCACUCUCAAGGAAAAUGCAAUUCUGCUCCUUACCAUAAACUCCAUUGGCUGCCUCAUUGAAGGCAUUUAUCUAACAAUAUAUAUGAUCUAUGCAACACAGACCUCCAGGAAAUUCACCUUCAAACUGCUUAUCCUUUUCAACUUGGGGACAUAUCUGUUAAUCGUAAUGUUGGCAUCCGAAUUGACACAUGGCACUCUUAGGGUACAAGUUGUUGGGUGGAUUUGCGCCGUCUUCUCUGUCUGUGUCUUCGCUGCUCCUCUUAGUAUCAUGAGGCUUGUUAUUAAAACAAAGAGUGUGGAGUACAUGCCAUUCUCACUGUCAUUCUUCUUGACUCUCUGUGCUAUAUCCUGGUUGGGAUAUGGCCUUGCUGUGAAUGAUUACUUUAUCGCAUCACCAAACAUCCUAGGAUUCUUGUUUGGUAUAGUUCAGAUGGUACUGUACAUGAUCUACAAGAACAAAAAGAAUGAGAUCUUGCCUACCAGCACCUCACAAGAACUAGCAGUAAGUAAACCUGAAACGAGCCAAGAUCGUGAGAACUCUAAUUCCAGCAGCUUAAAUCAGCAAGAUCUUGAAGCAGCAAAGGAUGACAGAAGAGAAAACAACAAAGCAGUACCAGAAGAAGCAAGUGAACGCAAUGGGUAUCGUGCGACUUGUUUCGGGAUUUCUUUUUAACCUGAUGAUGAUGAUGACACGGAGUCUGCUUCCAAGCAGAUUAUAUAUGUUGAUCUACAAUUAGUUACUCUUCCAUUUGGUUUUUUCCUUCGUAUAGCGAAGUUAUAGGGGAAUACGUUUUGUGGGAGCUUUUGUCAAUAAUUUAUACAAAUCCAUAAGCAAUAAAAUUUCACACCAGAGACGCAUUGUUUCUUCCAGCA